AUGAUGGUUGGAAGCUGCUCAACUCGCUGGAGAUUCCAACUUGCAUUCCUUAUUUUCUUGAUUAUAUCGCCCUUCAGUAAUGGAGUAAAGGUCCGCGUUGGUCACAUCGGAGCCGUUGGUUAUAUGAAAAAUGGUGAGAAAAUCUUGGAAAUUUCUCGAAAGGAACUUUGGAACGAUGGAGUGCUCGACGAGGAUUUCGACAUAGAAAUUAUCAACCAAAUGGGAUGUGGUGAAGCUUUCGAAGGUGUAGCCGUCGGUGCAGAUAUGUAUCAUGUCCAGAAAGUCCGCGCAUUCAUUGGGCCAUACUGUAACGCAGAACUUGACGCUGUCGCGAAAAUGGCAACAUUCUGGAACGUGCCUAUUGUUGGCUACAUGGCUUCGUCGAAUGCUUUCGCGGAUAAGUCUAUCUACAAAACGCUAGCAAGAGUUUCGCUCAGAACCACAAAUUCACUGGCAGAAGCAGUUGCUGCUCUUCUGUUACAUUACAAUUGGGUUAAGGUGGGAUUGGUAACUAACACCGGUACUCUGGCCUUUGAAAGGAUGCAAGCAUUUGAGGAAGUUUUCCAUAUGCGCAAGAUUACAGUUCUAAAAAAGGUCAUGUUCGACGAAAAUGCUGAUGCAAAAGCAAUGUCACAGAGCGGUUUACUUCAAGAAAUGGCAAACAAUGCUAGGAUCAUCAUCUGCAUUUUCUCAUCGACUCGCGAGAUGUCCAAAGAAUUCAUGAAAGCCGCAUACAUGAACAAAAUGAACACCCACGACUUCGUCUAUAUUUUGCCUUGGCUGCAGACCGAGACUAAAGACGUUUCACCGUGGAUUGGCGAGGACGGCCAAAUUCAGCAAAAUGUCAAGGAUCAUUUUGCUAACUCGCUCAUUAUAGAUGACGUGAACGGCUUUGACGACACUCUUGUGACACCGUUCCGUGAGCGAGUUGAAGCUAAUGGAAUGACUGUUGAUGACCUGGAUUUGAGGAACGUCUAUGGCUACAUACACUUGUAUGACGCAUUGCGAUUGUAUGCCAUAGCUGUCCGAACUUCGAUGAACAUGACCGGAAACGAGAACAUCUACCAAGAUGGACGAUUCGUAUGGAACCAAAUGAGACGAAUCACCUUCCCAGGUCUUGUAUCCGCGGCUGGUGUCAGCUCAGGAACUGUAAUGAUGGACGAUAUUGCUGAACGUGCGCCCGUUUAUGCAGCCUUCUAUGUCCCGGCCAACAGCGAUAAUGUAAAGAAAAUCAAUGAGAUUGAACCGAAGCUGAUCAAAAACUGUGAUGGUUUGAAAACGAGAACUGGAUGUUUUGAUUUACACAUCACCGAUGUCAUGACGGGAUUCUGGCCAUCUCCUGACGGUUCGCUCCCGAAACAAGAACCUGCUUGCGGUUACCGUAAUGAACGCUGUGAUUACACAAUGAUCAUCAUCGCUGGUUCACUGAUGCUACUGCUUCUGCUAGCCAUAGUUGCUGCUCUCAUCACCAUUCGAAUCUGCGAAAAUCGUGCAUUGGCCAAAACACCGUGGAGAAUUUAUCGUGAAGAUUUCAGAGUUAUCAAUGAAGAUGAAGUUCGUUCCAUGCUAUCGAUAGGCUCAACGAGGACCAAGCUAUCCAACACAUCAUCGUUUGCAAAGCAUCAUGCAGUACUUGGAACUAACACCCAUGCUUCAUUCCAUGUCUACCCACAACGACGCCCAAUCACCUUCAAUAGGGAGGAUAUGCAGCUGCUCACACAGAUGAAACAAGCUAUUCAUGACAACUUGAAUCCAUUCCUUGGAAUGUCAUUUAACGAGAAAGAUGAAAUGGUACUGCUAUGGAAAUUCUGCUCUCGUGGUACUGUACAGGAUAUUAUCUACAACCAUGAUAUGGUGAUGGAUGCUAAGUUCCAUGGUGCUUUCGUCAGAGACAUUACCUUGGGCCUCGAAUAUCUUCAUUCGUCUCCCAUAGGUUAUCAUGGCUCACUUACACCUUGGGCUUGUUUGAUUGAUAGGAACUGGAUGGUCAAACUUACUGAUUUCGGUAUUGCGAAUCCUCUGGAACGGUGGGAAAAACAAGGCUUAAUUUCCACAGAAACCCUCAAAGAAGGAGAUGACGACGGAAAGAGUGGAUCCCUGCAGAAAACAAGUAUUCUCUACCAACCACCAGAAGCACUGAGAAAUCGAGAGGAGAACCGAGUUCGACGAGCCGAUCAGUCCUGGAUCAAACAAACCCAAGCCCGUCGCCAAAUGGGUGACAUUUAUGCCUUCGGUAUGGUAAUGUACGAAAUUCUUUUCCGCUCUCUACCCUUUCCCAAUGCUACCAACAUUGAUGAACUUAUCGAGUAUAUCCAAGAUGGCCAGAAGACUUACCGUCCAACCAUUCAAGACAAGAGUGAGAUCCAUCCUGAUCUAACAGCUCUCUUGCUUGACUGUUGGAACGAGAAUCCUGAAGUUCGACCAUCAAUUCGAAGGGUUCGCCUUAACACCGAGAGUUACCUCAAAGUAAAAGGAUCCCUUGUCGAUCAAAUGAUGCGCAUGAUGGAACAGUACGCAAACAAUCUCGAGAAGCUUGUACAGGAAAGAACUGGAAUGUUAGAGGAAGCAAAUAUCAGAGCUGAUAAAUUGCUUAGUCAACUUUUACCAGCAUAUGUUGCCAAUGAGCUCAAAUUGGGCCGCCCUGUUCCACCAAAAACAUUCUCCUCAGCUACAGUAUUCUUC